UCAAUACAUUUCAUUCAAAAUUUCUAUAAUGUUUUACAAAAAAUUUUUGGCGGAAAUUUUUGCAAAAUUUUAUACCGGUUUUUAUUGAAAUAUGCCACCGAGUAAACUCGACAGCAUUUACCGUCGUAUGUUGAUUACGCGGUUUUUCGAAAAAGGAUGGGGAACACCAGAAAAUUUACAAAGGCUAUUCGAGUUUCGUAAAAUCAUUUCACGGCGAGAGACGUGUUAUAAAUUAAUACCUCAAGAUUAUCCGGUAGAAAUUACUAGAAAUAAUAAAUAUUCUGAUUGCUCCAUAUUGGAGGGAAAGUUUAUUUCGCCUUUGGAACUACAUUUGCCCGGUGUAGUGCCAAAAGCCGCACAAGAAGCUCAUUUUCAAGUAAUAUUGCCCAAAAAAUGGAGAGAAGAAAAAUUCAAGCCAAUGUGCAUUCACUUAGCUGGCACUGGAGACCACUUUUACUGGCGAAGAAGAAAUUUUAUUGCCAAACCUUUACUUAAGGAUGCCAAUAUUGGAUCUAUAAUAUUAGAAAAUCCUUUUUAUGGACUAAGGAAACCAGAUCAUCAAGUACGCUCAAAUUUACAAAACGUUUCCGAUAUAUUCGUGAUGGGAGGUUGCUUAAUACUAGAAUGUUUGGUACUGUUACAUUGGUGCGAAAGGAACGGUCUUGGACCGCUAGGAAUAACCGGGUUAUCUAUGGGAGGACAUAUGGCUUCUCUGGCAGCGACGAAUUGGCCUAAGCCUCUUGUGCUUGUACCAUGUCUUUCGUGGUCUACUGCUGCACCUGUAUUUACGACAGGAGUAAUGAGUCAAUCUAUCAAUUGGGACAUGCUUGAAACUCAGUACCAUUCGGAUGGUAAAUACAGCGAACGAUUAUCAAAGAUGGUUACAGUGGUAGAUGAUGCUUUUGCGGCUGGGCAGAAAUUUAUUAAAAACUUCAAUCAAUCUCUGCAAGCGCUUAAAAAUGAUAUUAAUGACAAUAGACAUGUUUCAAAGCAACCUUCUGAUGCGAUUAGCAAUAAUUACAUAGAAGUUCAAAAUAAUCAAAAUCAGUUAGAAAUCAACAAUUCGAUUUUCCUCAAAGAAAACUUGGCGAAUCCCGUUAAUAGCAAUAAAAGUAGUUUGCAAUUAAUGAAUAAUGGAAAGUCGAACAAAGCACUGCAACGGGAAGAUCAAAAGGAGCAAUCAGCGUUAACAAAACUGAUGAGAUUCAUAUUACCUAUGGCUGCACAAAGUGACAAUAAGAAAAUAGAUAUAACAAAAACGAAUUGGUGGGAACGCGAGGCUUUACAAUUCAUGCGUGGCAUGAUGGACGAAUGUACGCAUUUGAAAAAUUUUUCGGUGCCAUUCGACACAUCCUUAAUAAUAGCUGUUUGCGCUAAAGAUGAUGCCUAUGUACCUCGUGAAGGUUGUGCUAGUCUUGAGGAUAUAUGGCCGGGUGUGGAAGUGCGAUACCUCGAUGCUGGUCACGUGAGCGCCUACGUUUUGCAUCAGAAACUAUUCAGAAAAUGUAUAAUAGAAGCGUUCGAGAGGUCAAAACAAAUUUACAUAAUGGACGCCGAAAACAUUGGUGAAGAUUUGAAGCCAACAUUAACCUACAAAGAGCUUGUUAAUAAAUAUACAAAUUCUAUAUAAAUAUUUAAUUAUGAUAAACCCAUAUUUUUUAACCAAUUUACACAACCACAAAUAUACUGUUGACUAAUUUUUAUGACAUUGUAA